AUGACUACUACGAAUCUUACGGAUGAGGAUUUGCAACUGCUUUCCUCAGAAGUUUUCCCUCGUGUCUUCGGCGAGAACACGAGCCUUGUCCGCCAUCUUGAGGACCAGCUGGCAACGACCCGCUCCCUCGAAGUCACUGUGAACGCUGUUCACUCCGAUCACCAGGGCUCCAGUUCAGAUCGCACUAAUCUGGACUCCAUCAGAUGGCUGUACACACUCAGCAACUGCUCCGUCCCCAUUGUCGCCUUCUGUUUCUCCCAGCCACCGCUUGCUGGGGCUUCCUUCCAACCGGCGGUGGCCCGGCGAGAGCUUGCCGAGCGCAUUGUCACUAUCCCAAGCGAUAGCCAAAAGCUCCCUAGCAAUGGCGAAGGGGCUUGGAUGCGGCUGCGCGAGCAGCUCUUCACCGAGGAAGCGACCUCCGUCCUCCGCGGCCUGAUCUGCGCGGGAGUAAUCCCGGCACCGGACGAAUGUAAAGACCUCAUCACUUCGGUCCUACAUCAGGCCAUCCAGUAUGGGGACUUUGACAUUGCCAAGGAAUCCGUUCGGGAUCUACUGGCUGUUGACAAAGGUGGUGGUGAUGAUGUUGGCAGCACGGCGACAAUCUUUACGGCCGCCGGCGUGCCGCCGGAGAAGCGGCAAGCUGUGGCUACGUACCUAUUCAACUUGCAGAGACUGCAAGCAUUGGUGAACGAGCCCUCAGACGUGGGCGCUCUGGUCAGAUGUGGUUACGCAUCAGCAGAAGAGAUUGCCAACGUGGGAGAACCAGCGGUGCAGUCGAUCAUGCGCGAGGGUGUGCCAUGCGAGAGAGCAGAGCGGAUCAGGAGCCACGCACUCCGCAUCGCGUCUCGUAGUGAGCAUUUGUGGACGCAAGCCCUCGCCGUCCGCGGCACCGGCGGCAGCAGCAUGGAUGUCUCCCUCGCCGCUGUCGCUGCUACUCCUUCCUCAGGCCCGCAAGAUGAACGGGAGGAGAUUAACCUGAGCACGAUGUUCGGCGUAGACAGUAUGGGCUGCGAGGAAUGCGCGUCAAUCACAGGCCCAGCGGCAUUCUUCGUCGACCUGCUGAAUAAACUGGGUCAUACACCCACCACAGCAGGCCGUAAUGCCCAGGGCGUCACGCUGCUAGACAAGCUGUUUGAGCGCCGAGCUGAUCUGGGCGACCUGCAGCUCUCUUGCGCAAAUACAAAGGUACUUGUUCCGUACGUCGAUCUCGUGAACGAGGUGCUGGAGUCGGUAGUGUGGAACCUACAGGACCAAAAAGAACCUCGCAUUAAACCCGUCGAUGCGGACGAGAACGACACCAGUGAGAGUUCCCUCAUGCAGCCGCGUAAUACGAAUUUCCAGGUAUAUAGCAAGAUCCUUCAGCCACUCGUAUCGCCGUUGCAUAGCUUCCCAUACAAUCAGGCUAUCCACAGCGGCCGUGCGUAUCUCACAGCCCUGGGGGCCUCUGGAUGUAGACUACUGUCUACCUUCAGAUCACCGUAUGCUAUUGCCUCCGAUGAUAAGAACAUUAAUGCUGUUGGCGAAGCUUUGGAUCAUGCGCUUGCCGCGGAAAUAUUGAACCUACAACGUGAGGACUAUGUGGCAAUUACCAAGCAGGGCUUCUAUAGUCUGGAACUUCUGAAAACGUUAGUCGACGGCAACAUGAAUCAGACGGAGUACGGGAAAAUAAUCGGACUGAGGCCCCGCUGCCAGUACUGGGGCUUCCAGAACGACGACGACAUGGCACCGCAGAACCUGACGUGGGACAAGGGCCUGGCCAAGAUAAAGGACGAGUUGCUCCCCCGCAGCGGCCUGACAUUAGAAGACCUAAUAAACGUCCUAAAAACCAAAUAUUGUAACGGGAAGCUGUUCAUUGAAAUCAAGAAUAAAACCAAAGAACAAGAUCCCGAUCCCACAGAACUACUUGAGUCUAUGCGACUCCGCGAGUGGGUAUCCGACCCAACCAAGCCGCCGCUGCUGCGCGUGGUAACAUGCGACCGCCUUCAGGCAUUUCUACGGUUGAGAAACAAAUCUCAAUGGCCAAUUGAGGAAUUGGACGCCGUUGUUGCUACGUUUGCUGAACAGGGGAUGAGCCAGGACGGGAUGACGAUAACACCUACGAUGUUGGACAAUCUGGCAGCGGUUAGGCAACUGGCGGAUCUCACAAAUCUUUCUCCGACAAAGCUGCAACCAUUCUGGGGCGAUAUGAACACCCACGGUCCGAAUUCGCUGUAUGCACAGCUCUUUCUUAGUGCCGUUCUUCCGGAGGAAACCCGCAAGGUGCUCACGCCCGAUGGCAGUGGACGUAUCUCUCCGGGCCAGCCCACGCCGAUCAGCGACGACAGUCUUCUUCUGAUGUUGAUGGCGUUGGAUUUGACGCUGGCGGAAUAUGAAUCAAUCCGGAUCGCUUUGGGAUUGCAAUCCCCCGUCCCUCUGACGCUAGCCAACAUUUCCGCUGUCUACCGUGUUUCGGUGCUUUGCAAAAUUCUGAAGAUCUCUCCGCAGGCGUACUCACAGUUCUUGGAGCUAUAUCCAGCCGACUGGAAGCCGUUCAUGGACCCACGAACCACUCUGGGCCUCGUGCGGGACUAUCCGCCGCUGCAGCCAACAACAACGCGUUGGACGCUGGACCGUCUCCUCUUUGUUAUUCGGAGAAUUCCAAGCGCCACGGAUGAGAGAUGCAAACCUACAAUGGAACGGCAUCUUCAAAUCACGGAGUCGAUCCGUUCUUGUUUGCAUAGCAAAGAGCUACAAGACGUAAAGAGGAAAAUGGAAGACGAGAGUGCUCUUCUAAUCCUCGUUGACGAACUCAUAAGCAACGCAAGUGGUAGAAAGGAUGUCAUGCAGUUCAUCCAGAGCCCCGGUGACAUUUCCAUCGAUAGCUGCGUGGCCAAACACUUCAUAUCCGAGCUAUCCAAUAUAGUCGGUAAGAGCAGUGCUACACAGCUCUGUGCCAAGAUCAUCUGUGCAGCGGCAGGCCAGGACCGUCGAGACACCUUCUUAAAUGCCUUUCUGCCAAGUCGAUAUCAAGAAAAGCAGCGUCAGGCAGUCCUUAAAUCGUUAACCCUAAUUUUUCCCGAUCUCAGCCUGCCACUGCUCACAUUUUGUCUCUCAAAUCUGAUUCGGGAUGUGACUGGCCAGAUACCGGGAAUGGAUAUAUUCCUGCGCCUCGCAGAGACACCAGAAACGACAGCUAGCAAAUUUUCAGGCUACUUCCGUCCACCAACAACAGGGGUCUACGUAUUCAGGUCUAAAAGCCAACCCAAACGGGCUGUUCUGGAUGAAACGCUGCUCAAUUUCCAGAAGCAAGAUCCUUUUUGGACGGCAAACACCAGCCAGCUUAUUGGAAGCCGUUGGUACAAGUUAGACUUCGACGGUGACAUGCGCGAUUUGACAUGGGUAGCUAAACAGGCUGAAGGCGCCCAGCCCGCGUCUUUUAACCGCAGUGAACUAUUGGAUGCGCGCCUUGUCAACGACACUGCCCAGGUCAUUGUCGACUUGAUGCGGGUCUCAAUUCUGGUAGACAGAUUCCGCCUUUACGGGGCAGAAGUUGAAUUCACCCCCGUUAUACAGUACCUGCUAUCCAAAGCGGGCCCCGAGAGUUUGGAUUUCAAGAAGUUCAGUCUCCAGAGCGUGUACAACCUUGAGCAGUAUCUGGAACUCCGGGAAGAGUUUACAAAAAAGGGUGCAAAACUGCCACUACUCACGUUCUACAAAUGGGUCUUAUCUCCUGAAACAUUUGAUAAAAGCGGCGAAGAUAAGACAUAUAGUGAGCUUACAGAUAAACUCUCCAAGGUCACUGGGUGGCCGACGCCUCUCUGUACCGAAUUUCUGCAGUCAAAGUACCCUAAGCACGAUGCAAAGAAGUUGGUGGAGUUGUUUCAGGCAAUUCCCACGCUGUAUCAAAUGCGAGAGGCCAUCCGGUUUGUUCAGGACCUAAACCUUCCCAGCCUUUCCACUCGAUCCCUAUUUGCCAUAGCGCAACCGGCAUUAAAGGACCUAGUCCAAGCGGACUUUGCGAAUGCCGCCGCCUUACGUCUAGCCAUUCAGUCAAGACGCUUCCCCGGCCUAUCGACUACGGGUGGGACUGCCCUUUCAGAGGCCAGCGACAGCAUUCGGAGUAGUCAGAGAAAUGCACUGGUCUACUACCUACUCUCCACUCAGUAUGCGCGAGACAAAGACCUGAACGAUGCCGAUCUACUAUUUGGUCACUUUCUCAUCGAUGUGCAGAUGGGCACGGGGCUCCAAACCUCCCGGAUCAAACAGGCUAUCUCGUCCGUCCAGGUAUUUAUCCAGCGUUGCGCACUUGGUGCGGAACCGGGCAUACGAUCCGAGCUGUUCAACCGGACUGAGCUGGAGUAUAUGCUGCGAUAUCGGCUCUGGGAAGCAGAUCGCAAGGCAUACCUGUAUCCCGAAAACUGGGCCGACCCCACGUUGCGCGACAAUAAGACCGAGCAGUUCCAGGUGCUGGAGUCGAAAGUCAUGCAGACCAAGAUGGACAGCGAGAGCGUCGCGGACAUUGUGAAGGAUUAUGUGCACAGCGUUGAUGAGAUCGCCUACCUACGGGUUGAUUCGUACCUCCUUAAUAGGAUUCGUUACGGUGGCGCGAACCCUCUCGAUCACGAUGAUAUUCAUAUCAUCGGUCGCAGUCGGACCUCCCCUCCACAGUUUUACUACCGCAAGGUUUCGAUGCCCAUGUUGAAGACGAUGGGCCCAAUCUGGACCCCGUGGAGCAAGAUCAGGGUUGAAAUCCCCGUCCAGGAUACCGAUGCGGGUAUAAAAAAGCUCCCCAGGCCGGGAUCAUACAUCCUUCCGGUGGUCUUCAACGACCAGUUGUAUAUUUUUCUUCCGGACGUCACCCUUGGGCGGAAGGAUCCGGAACGGACGGAUCAGACGUACGAGAACCUGAUUCGGCAAGGGAAACCCUCGGAUAUUCGACCUGCUGGCGUCUGGGAAAUUCGCAUGGGAUACAUUCGACUGAAUAAUGGGAAGUGGUCUCCAAGGACGGUGUCUCCGUCAGCCAUACAUGUCAACCCUGACCAAGAGAAAAAUAUGCCAGACAUUUCCAACUUCAAGUUCUGGAUCAUGCCAGAACGACAGAAUUUAUCUUUGACAAUAGUCGUCGAAGGUAUUACAUCAGAUAAACAACCAAGCUCCCUAGGGAAGUUUCAGAUCAGAGACCAGCAACUGGUCCUAAUCGAAGAAGAUGGCUUGCCCGUACCUAGGGUAUACUCGGACAAUACCAAGAAUAUACCGCUUUCAGCUGAUGGAGAAACUAUUACAACCAAGUUUUUAAGGUUCCAGAGUGAAUAUCAGGAGAAUCCGUCGAUCCCGGAAAAGGACAUUAUCUUUGACAAAGGUAAGAAAGCCACACUUCGGCUGGGAGGCACCGAGAUUAGGGAUCUGCUCAAGAAAUCUACUUGUGAUUGGAUUAUGGAGUUCAAUCAUCCUGGGCCGGACACUUCCGGUAAAUAUGAAGCAAGAGGGCUUGUCCUGGAGGUGUCGAACUCAAACAGCAUCAGCCAAUAUAUUAACCUUUCUAUGUUACAUGGUUUCCGUGUCGAGAGGCUGUUUAAUCGGACCUCUUCUCUUCUGGUGAAAACAGCAAGACAGCAAGACAGGAUCGAGCUCACCUUUGACACCUUGAAGAGUAUUGUGCACACUGCACCGGAUUUUCUGCACAGCGAUGCCUUUGGCAGGUGGACUGAGAACACUCGAGAAAAAAAGGUACACUACCAUGAAUGUGCUGCACCAUUUGCCAUCUACAACUGGGAGCUGGGCGUCCAUGUCCCAUCUCUGAUAAUGGAGCGGUUGAUGGCUACACAACAGUACGAGCUGGCACUAAAGGUGGCCAGACUUGUAUUUGACCCCAGAAUAGACGGUACUGACGUUUAUCGGUGCUGGUCCUUCCCCCCCUUCCGGGAAAAGGAUGUCAUUAAAACGAAGUUGGAUUCCCUGCAGGAGUGGCACGAAAGCGGGGGCAACGUGCAUGCGGCUGCUCGAGGACAUCCUGUCGCCUAUAUGAAGCGAAUCGCAAUGAAGUACAUCGAAUUACUGAUCGCCAUGGGUGACGAAUAUUUCCGUCGUGACACUCUGGAGAGCAUUCCGUUGGCGAUCCAGAUGUAUACAGAAGCAUCCCACGUGUUCGGCCCACAGCCGGUGGAGUUCCCCCAAUUGGGGAAGCGGAAGGCCAAGACGUAUAACGAAAUUAAGAACGACCUAAACGAACUUUCCAACGCCACCGUCGACAUGGAACUCAGCUUUCCCUUCGAUAUUAAGCCGGGGCAACGGGGAACUACUGUGGCACAGGGUUCUAUGCCACGGAGCUUCCUCAGAACCGGCUAUUUCUGCGUCCCCGGAAAUCCGUAUCUCGUUUCGCUCCGUGCUGCCAUCGACGAUCGUUUGUACAAAAUCCGCAAUGGCAUGGACAUCAACGGGAGGAAGCGGACCCUUCCUUUAUUCGAGCCACCCAUUGACCCCGGGGCACUGCAGCGAGCGAAAGGCCCAGGCGGCAAGGGCAUCGCGGGACUUCUCAGUGACUUGGAGAGCCCGAUGCCGCGGUAUCGCUUCCAACGCCUGAUCCAAAACGCGUUGGAGCUGGUAAACGAGCUCAAGGCUUCCGGCCAACAGCUGCUGUCCAUCAAGGAGAAACGGGACUCGGAAGGCCUGUCGAUGCUGAGAUCGAAACAUCAGAGUGCAAUCCUGGCAUUAGUGACUCGCGUGAAGGAAUGUCAAAAGGUCGAAGCCAAUCGGUCAAUUGAAGCGUUAGAGGAGGCGCGGAAGCAGCAGGAGAUGCGCUUGGAAUACUUUUUAGCCCUGACCGGAGACACGAAAGAAAUACCGCCGCCGGGAGGGACCUGGCGUGAUAUCCCGCAAAGCAUUGAGAAACCGCAAAUGGACGACUUUCGCAUGUCACCAUUUGAGCAGGAGGAAAUGAAGAAGGCUGACGAAGCCUCCAACCUCAAUCUGGGCGCAGGAGCGUUCGAAACGGCUGCGGCUGCGGCAUUUGCCAUUCCCAUGUUCGGCAUGAAGGCCCAGCCCAUGGGGACUGGCGUAGACACCAGUGUCGGGGGCCAGAAUAUCGGCCAAGGCCUGCUCACAUAUGGAAGUGCUUUAAAAGUAGCUGCACAGCGAGUACAGGACGACGGCGCAAAGGCUGCUCGAAAGGCCGUGGCGACUCGCCAACUGCAGGAACGUCGGUUGGAAGCCAACAUUUGCGGCCGAGAGCUUGUGAGGAUCGACAAAGAACUCAACGGCCUGCGGUCACGCGUCGAUACCUGCGAGGCAGAGAUCCGAGUUCAAAAACAAGAAAUCGACAAUGCCGCCGCAGAGGAGGAGUGGUUGCGCACCAAAUAUACCAGCCAGGAGCUGUACGCCCUGCUUGAUCACUCUAUGGGUACCUUAUUCCAUCAAACUUACCUGAUGGCAACGGCGAUGGUUAAAACCGCUGCGCGAGCUCUUGACUUCGAACUUGCAAUCAGGCCGCAGAACAGUACUUUACAAGACUCGGUCGCUAGCUCAGGAGGGUACUGGGAGAACUCUCGCGAUGGGCAGCUGUCAGGCGAAGCAUUGCUUCUUGACCUGAAGCGAAUGGAGUCAAUCUACAUGGAGAGCCGCACUCACGACUUCGAAAUUUUGAAAAUCGUGUCCCUGCGCCAGGUCAAUCCACUGGCGCUUCUACAACUCCAAGAAUCGUGUAAGGCCGAUUUUGACAUCCCUGAGGUCCUGUUUGACAUGGAUUUUCCGGGCCACUACUGCAGACGCAUUUCGUCGGUGGCAGUUUCGAUGCCCUGUAUCGUUGGGCCCUACACUAAUCUCAGCUGUACACUGAGUUUACAACAGCACAAGUAUCGCAUCUCAUCCACUGCAGCGAGCUACAGCAAACAGAAAGAGGCCAGUUUCCGCACUGAUCGUAUUCCGAUCAGCUCCAUCGCCGUAAGCAGCGGGAUCCAAGAUACGGGGGUCUCCGAUCUGCAGUUCCGGGACAAUGGACGGUACGGACCGUUCGAAGGAGCGGGCGCCAUCUCGACCUGGCGUAUUGCGCUCCCGGAAACACUAAAGCAGUUUGACUACAGAUCUAUCACGGAUGUUGUACUCCACCUGCGGUACUCUGCAUUCAGCAGUGGUGGAUUACUAGAGGAGAGUGCUUCCUCGGCUGUUAGAAAGUGGGCCAAACAGACGACGAGUACGGCAUAUGGAAAACUGGACAAGGUUGUUGCAGUAGAUCUUCAGAACGACUACCCGUCUGAAUGGCAGCGAAUCGCUUCUACCGGUUCUAUACAAUUACAGCAUCUCGACCAACGAUUGCCGUUUUGGGCCCGCAGAGAGACCUCUCCGAUCAAAUCAGCAGCUAUAACUCUGUAUAUAGCUCCUGAACCGGAAGAACAUACCGAAAUAUCGAUAUCAAUCGACCAAAAUAAAGUGACACUGAAAAAAGGGGGCGGUGAAGGGAGGCAGAACCCGAAUCCUGACAUGGUAGAAGUGGCGCCGCAUUAUUACAAAAAGAAGGACCUGGAAACUCUAGGACUAGAGAAUAAGAUGAAGGGCACAGGGGCAGCGGGGGAGAAGAGCCGUGAUUGA